UUCAGUAGUUUUACAGGUUGCAGUUGCCUAGUCAGCAUGAGGAAGAUGUCUUCAAAUUACCGUACACCAUGUCAGUUAUGUUUUAAUGUAUGAAAUGACAAUCGUGGUAGACGGCUGCUCUGUUCCACAUUCCAAGCCCACACUAAGGCUGGGAAACGGCAUCUUAUCUGUGGGAUUGGAUGUUGGAGUGGGGGAAGGGGAAACAGGAGAGGUGCACCUGAGGUGAAUUUGACUCUCACACGGGACGAAGCUAAUGCACAUUCCUCGGCACCCCGAACGAGGUUCACUUGGCCAGGUACACAGAAGCUCCAUAGAAGCAAGACGCUUGGUGUCAGCCUCAGGUCAGGAGGAAAAAGAUGCUAAACCUCUCCCUCGCAUUAACAGACACUCCAUUUUCUGGAUCCUGGCAUCUAUGGGCGUGACCUACUAUGUGGAUUUUCUCCGCAACAUAAUUGAGAACAAUGAUAUCAAAAGUUGGUGGUUCAAUGUGGGUCUGAUACUCCUUGGGAUCUGCUUGUCUCUGGCCAUGUUUUGCAUUGUGUACCUGGAGUGGUUCAAAGGCAUUCAGCACUACGAGCAAGAGUACCCUGCCAUUCCUCCCAUCACCACUGCAGCCUUUAUUGCUGCAUCUUGCAGCUUAAACAUGGCCCUGUGGCCAGUGUGGUCCUUCUUCACUCCACUCAUCCUCUUCACACAGUUCAUGGGUGUGGUUAUGUUCAUCUCUUUGCUUGGAUGAAUGUGAUGGACUUACACCUGCAGCACAUUGAUCUAGACCCUUCUACUGAAACAACACGGCUAUUGUCUGUCUGUAUUGAUGCUUUUGGUGGGGGCAGGUCAGCACUGUAGGAUCACUCCGGUGUCUGUGUGAACUGAGAGUUUAACCAUGUCAGUUUAUGAUGUGUCACUGUUGUGUUUUCCUUAAGAAACAAUCAUGACUGUGUCAGGAAAUGUGAUGCAUUGUGUUGAGUGUUUUUGGCAAACAGCACUUAGGAGUGAAAUGGAUAUUUUGAGAAUAGCCCUUUUUCACAGCAGACAUUUUGGCUUGUUGUAGUAGGAAAAGAUGUUGCUUAAUAACGGAUGUUACUGAUAACGUUAACGAUGGCUCUGUUCUGUUUAAAUGUGUUUCAUUGAGCCUUGACGGUAAGUCACCAUUCACGAGCACCCGGAAGGAAAGCAGCUAAAUGGCAUUUAGCAAAAACAAAUUUAAUUUACACCGAUGAUUUUCCUACUGUUACCUGUUAAAAUGUCUCUGUGAAACUGGCCUUUUGUAUUUAUAUGUAGAAAAAUGUGUGUAAGCAAUUUAUAAUUAAAUGGUUGAGGAAACCAACAAAGACUUUACAUUGUUUUCAUAUUUUCAGAAGCAGUUUGUGGUGAAGAAUGCAAAGACUUAUGCUCAUAUUCUGUAAAAUGUUUUUUUUUUUUUCUUUAAUAAAUUUUUAUAACUAAUUUCCUACUUA